AUGUCGAAGAGCCAUGCGCCGGCGGUAGAGGUUGGGGCUGAGGUGCCCGAGAUCGAGACGGAGCAUCUAGGCUUCAAAGUCCUUAGCAACGGAAAGCAAGGCCCCAAGAAGGUCAAACUUCUUCCCCAACCAUGGCCUGCCGACAAUCUGCCCUCGGCCUCGGCCAGCCUCCUCUCCGUCGCCUCCAAGCCUGGUCUCCUCGCAGCCGCUGGUCCCAAUAUCCUUGUCGUCGCAUCUACCGACGCCGUGCGCAAAGCCUUCGAGGGCAAGACGACAGCCGACGACAUUGACAAGCCCGAUGAUCCACGACUCGAAGAACGCGACAUCGACGUCGUGUCAGACUUCACGCCUGAUGUCACCAUCUCCACCGAGAACCUGCGUCACGUUGCCUUCUCUGCCGAUGGAGACUUCCUCGUCGUCACUCCCGAACAGCAAGCCUCCAUUUCCAUAUUCAGCGUCGCCGAGGUCGUCAAAGGUAGGAAAGAUGCCGAACAGACUGUGCAAACAGACGCGCCCGUCCGCGCCCUACUCCCAAACCCGGCCCCUGAAUUCGAACAUUUCUUCGCUAUUGUCCUGGAUUCUGGCAAGCUCCAGAUAUGCAAUGUGACGGAUGGUGCCAAAAAGACGAUUCGCGAUGCCCACGUCAACUGCGCUGCUUGGAGUACGCGCGGAAAGGCUGUAGUCUCUGGUUCAACCGACGGUACCUGCGCCAUUAACAUGACCAAUGGAGAGCUCAAGGGCGUCAUUCCUCGCGCACCGGAUGUCGAUGAGAACUACGAAGUGACGGGAGUGACAUGGCUGAACACGGAAGAGUUUCUUGCGGUCUAUUCAGUCAAGGACCAAGAUCCAGAGAAUCCAGAACCCAAGAAAUUUAGUGUCAUCAAGUCCGCGAAAGGUUGGGGAUCCUUCACAUACCAUGCUUUCGCCUGGGAUCCUCUUCCCGAGGCGUUUGAACCUCCGCGACGACCCCUUCCUGCCCGUUUCUCAUCCACGCGACUACGAAACUGGAAGCCCGAUCUCGAAGACAUGCUGAUCAUAACCUCCUCGCACGCCGACUCAAUCGCUAUACUUGCUUCUACGAGCAACAAGAUCUCUCCCGAUCAACAAAACCUUAAGGAGCUUAUGUUGGUCAACGUUGAUGACACUAAGAAGGCCUCUGUGCCGCGUACAGCAUAUGGAGAAGAUGAAUUGGACAGCGUCUUUAUUGGUGAAGCACUGGAUCUUUCAAGCAAGGAGAAGAUUUUGCGUCCAAUCCCUAGUCUGGAGGAAAUCAACGAAGCUCCUUGGCCACUGCCGGCUUACAUGGCUCUGACCCAUGAAGGUCUUCUCACAGCUUGGUGGGUGGUGUGGAACCGCUCGAUUGAAGCUGGCGAGCGCUAUCCGGGUCUCAUCUUCAAGAGCGAGUCUACACAACGAGAGCCAACUACCACACCCCGCGCUCAUACCCCUGCAUCCAAACUUCCUGUCGCUACCUCAACACCAUUUGGACAGCCUUCCACACCUUCACACACACCUUUUGGCAAGUCUGCAAACACUCCUGGAACUCCUGGAAUUCCCCACUUUGGCAAUGCUGGACACAACUCCCCAUCCCCUGCUCUGAUGAGGCCUACGCCGCCAGGCUUCGGCACACCUGGCUUUGGAGCUUCAACGUCAAGCAUACCCACGCCUACGUUGAGCAAACCUCCACAGCCUGCGUUCGGUGCACCGACUGCAGUGGGUGGUGCUGGGAAAGCAGCCUUUGGUGCACCAUCUGCAAUUGGUGCAGCUGGCGGCUCUGGAUUUGGUGCAGCGGGCAGUAUGGGCAACAAGUCAUCUCUAUGGGGGACGCCUACCCAAAGUUCUGAGGCCAAGGCCAAUCCUUUCUCUGGGGGUGGAGGAAACUCAUUUGGAUUCGCUAAAUUUGGACAGAAUGGGGGUACAUCGAGCUUUUCCAGCUUUGGCAGCGCUGGCUCUGCCCAAGCAAGUUCAGGAUUUGCAUCACUUGGACAAGGUCAACAAAAAUCUGGUUUUGCUAACCUCAAGAGUGAGCCGAGCUUUGGUUCGACAGUCACUCCGAGCAAGUCUUCUUUCAACACAGCUUCGUUCGAGUCAAAGGCAUCUGAUAUGAGUGACGCAAACGACACGCAGGGUCGGAAGAGAGACGAGGCUACACCGACACCUCAGGCCCCAGCAUCACAGGGCUUGUUCGGGCUUGCUGGUGGCUUCAAACUUGGCACAACAUUCAAGAGCGAUGGCACUGCUACUGACGAUCCGGCAAAGCCAGCUGCGCCUGCGAAUGGCUCGUUCUUCGGAAGCGACUUUGCUAACACGCUUGGGAAAACGGGACUUAAACCUCCGGCUACACCCGCGAGCGAGCCCCCACAGUAUGUCUCCACCACACCAGCGUCGCCACCAAAGCAGAAGUUGUUCCCGAGUGACACUCCUGCCAAAGACAGCGCAACCCCCAAAGCAGCACCUCCUGUACAGGAGCCGGCUACCCCUUUCGACGACGCCCCUCUUCCACCAGACUUCACCAAGUCAAAGCCAUCGAAGGUCGAUGACGCACCACUCCCUCCCGAUUUCAUAACUACCAAGCCUUCGCAGUCAAAUGGUGAUGAUUUGCCCCCGCUUGCAGGUAGUCCAGGUGUCGAAGUGGAAGCUCCCAGUUCUUCGGUCGAGGCGUCUCCAAUUGGCAAUGGAGAAAACCACAGUGAUUACUCUGAGGAUGACCAGGACGAUGACGAUGACGAGGAGCCUGAUGACACCUAUCCACCAAACAACGCCUCAAAAUCAUAUCAACCAAAGAUUGGUACUCAAUCAAGCUACUUCCCCCCUGCGCCAACUCCUCCUAUCAUGAAGUCUGGAGGUACCUCGCAAUCCGGACGAAGCACAUCACCGACUCAGACCUCUUUGUUUGGACAGCCCUCUAAGCCCAAUGGGAACCAGCCAUCGUUUGGAGGUAAUUCGUUGUUUGGACAGCAAUCUGUCAAGGCUCCCUUUGGCAGCAGGCCUAAUUCGUCGUCUGCAUCUGCGAAGCCUCCUUACCCACCUUCCGCCACCAAUCGCUCUCAAAACCUUCGCUCACCCAGUCCAAUGCGCCCCAGCUCAUCUUCUCGCUUCCGACGUGAGCCUCUGGUCGCACCUGGGGCUUCCCUUAGCUCUUCUCUCCAAGGAUCCAAAUCACCAACACCCCAGCCGCAGGUUUCCGAUCUGGAAGACGAGGAGGACGAGAGAAUGCGUGCCCAGCUCGCGCAGCCCAUCGAGCCAAGCCGUCAUCUUGAGGAAUUCGUAGCAUACCAGAACUACACAGGGGGCAAGUCGCCUAAUAAGUCUGGUCACGCCGCUCAGAUUGAAAUGAUCUACAAGGACAUCAAUGGUAUGGUAGACGCUUUGGGCUGGAACAUGAGGUCGAUCAAGUCCUUUACUCUAUACCAUCAGCAACCUCAGCCUAACCACCAAAUCGAUCGAGGCAUGCUGGAAGAUAUCUUGUCCCAAGGACAUGAUGGAUUGUGGUUCGAGAAGUUCACACUGUGCGAGAUACAAGCAUUGAAGUCUCUCGAGGAAGAUUUAGAGCAGGAGCUUGACGCUGGCCGAGUGCAGGACGUACUCGAUAAACUAGCACAGCUUGCUCGCCUCCUCCACGAGAAGGCUAGGCUGAUGACUCGUCUCAACGAUAUUCGUCGCCAGAUCAUCAACCGCAAGGAUCCUGAAAGGAUCGAGGCGCUUCGCAAAGCACCCUUGCCGAAGGAGCUUGCGGAUGGACAAAAGAGUCUGCGCAAUGACUAUGCUCAGCUGCUCACAUCGCUGCGCAAGGCUGAAGAUGCCGUUGCUGUCCUUCGUUCUCGCCUUGCUACUCACAAUGCUCAGGCUGGCAGCACCAAGGCAAUGCCUUCUAUGGAAGCUGUCAAGAAGACAAUCUUGAGACUAGCCAAUCUUGCGGAGCAGAAGAAUAACGACAUUCUCGUUCUCGAGGCGCAAAUGCGUAAGCUGGGUCUUGCCGAACCGAGCCAUCCGUCGUCUUCCUCUUCACGCACUGGCACACCACGACAAUCUCGCCGGACCAGUCUGCGUCGCAGUGUCGCCGACACACCAUAUGCUACACCUCCUACGGGCCACAAAAAGCUCACUCUGACUGAGUUAAACCGUCGCGCUCUUACGCCCGAGGUUGACAAUACGCCAACCCCCGGGAAAGGCUACGGCUUGUUUUACACACCUGAAGGUAGCCCCGCAGCCGGCGGAAAAGACAUUGCUCGUUUGUCAGACCUCGUUGACGAGAACAUGGAUACUUUGAGGGAAACGGCAAGAAGCAGGAAACAAGUUGCCAAGAACCUGAAAGGUGUUCUUCUAGAACGAGGAAUCAAGGUCACAAGAGUCAAUUGAAGGAGAGUGUUAGAGGAUGUGGUUGAAAGGUCAAGAUUGGUAAUUUUGGAAUCAUGAUUGUGUGUAUGAUUAAGCGUUUUGGUGAUACAUUGCUGCGAGGUGUUUUAUUUGGAUAGCGAUUGCAUCGAACUAGGCGAGGGAUUUACGUUGAAGAGGAAAACAAACGUUCGUUCACAAUGGCGAUUGCGCGAUUGGAUUCUUUGGUUGAAGAUGCAUUUCUCAAUUCGUGAUGCUUAUAUUGGUUUUCUUGAUUGGUUUGUAUUCAUCUCACAUAUGCGAA